AUGGCACAACAAGAUCUCGAGAACUCCAUUACAGCAAGAACACAACCACCACCACCGACGAAAGCACCAACCGAACCAGCCGGAACACAAACCCAACCAGAACAAGCAAGCUUACAACCGAUCAUCCCACAGCUACCCUACCAACCCACCGAGAUGCAGUCAGAGACAACUCGCCCGCGCGCCCCUUUGGGAGCGUGCCUCGACCAGCAGUUGAGUAGGCUGAAUAGUGGCAUGUGCCAGCUGGAAGGCGACUACGCCAGAGCCGGUAAGGCUUUCUUCGCACUUCCAACCAAUACUGUUGAGGCCAUCAUCUAUUCUUGGACUCACGGUACCUCCGACAGCCUCCUCGCCAAAGCUUUCUACGCGAACGGCGUAGACCGUCCAGGAGUCGCCCGCUUCUUGUCCUACCUCCUCGACCUACGGGACGAGAUCGGAUACGAACUGGAAGCGGGAGACACCAAGUCUGCAGAUGCGAAGCUGGAGAUCCUGGACAACGAGGGCGAACGUCUAGCUUCAGAGGUUGAAAGGGUCCUUGCGGAGAUCAAAGAUAUCUACUUCCGGGACCAUGGCGUGGACCGUGAUCUCGAAACCAACCCAGUCAUCCGAGACCUGUGCGAUCUCCAGGGCACCGUCUUCCAGCACUUCGAACGCUGGCUGUCGUGCGUGCCCGGACAUUGGAGCGCAAUCGACAGCGGUGCUCUGACGAUUGACCAGAUUCUCUACAACGCGAUGAACAUCAGCGAUCCAGUCGUCUCGUACGAAGGUGACGAUCAGGAGACUCUCAUCCCCGGUACGCCCCUCGAGGAGAGUUGGCGGCUACCCGACGACGCUGGAGAGGCGGCCUCGGAUCAGACCUUUCCUUCGGACACCGCACGAGCUCUCGCUCGCCAUGAAAGGCGCAGCGAAGAUUCUGUCACUCUCGCCGGCGACUGGAACCCUCUCGUUGAUGCUCACGGUUGGGAAGAGGGUUACUUUCCCUUCGCGGACGCCGGAGACGCUCUCGAAAACGGUAUUGAGGUCGAUCAAGAACCAUCCUUCCCUUUCGCAGACGCCGCAGACCGCGUGCAUACCGAACAGGAGAUCAACGACGACAUUGCCGCUGUGGCGGCCGGUAUCGAAGAGGACCACAGGCGAGACGCACACCUGUACCCAUGGUGCGAGUGCGGAUGCCGUGAUUAG